AUGGCAUUGGAGGGUGGUUUGUGGUGGUGGUUUUGCAGGAACAGUCCCAACUUUGGUGGAUUGUCCGCUCAAUAUGCACUUCUUGAGUAUGCUUCUGGUGCACCGGUUCAGUUCGUGUAUAAGGAGCUCCAGCGCUCAACUAAGGGAUUCAAGGAGAAGCUUGGGGAAGGAGGAUUUGGGGCUGUUUAUAAGGGCAUUCUUGCUAAUAGAACUGUUGUUGCAGUUAAGCAACUUGAGGGGAUUGAGCAAGGGGAGAAACAAUUUAGGAUGGAGGUUGCAACCAUUAGUAGCACCCACCAUUUGAAUCUGGUGAGGCUGAUUGGUUUUUGCUCUGAGGGGCGCCAUAGGCUUUUGGUAUAUGAGUUCAUGAAAAAUGGGUCCCUUGAUAAUUUCCUGUUUGCAACGGUAGAGCAGUCGGGAAAGUUGUUGAAUUGGGAGUCUCGGUUCAACAUUGCCCUAGGGACUGCAAGGGGGAUCACAUACCUUCAUGAGGAGUGCCGAGACUGCAUUGUGCAUUGUGAUAUAAAGCCAGAAAACAUUCUCAUAGAUGAGAAUUUCAAUGCCAAAGUGUCAGAUUUUGGCCUCGCAAAGCUCGUUAAUCCAAAAGACCAUAGGUAUCGAACCUUGACAAGUGUUAGAGGGACUAGAGGGUAUUUGGCACCUGAAUGGCUAGCAAAUCUUCCAAUAACUUCCAAAUCUGAUGUUUACAGUUAUGGUAUGGUUUUGCUAGAGAUAGUGAGUGGGAGAAGGAAUUUUGAAGUUUCUGAGGAGACAAAUAGGAAGAAGUUCUCCUUAUGGGCUUUUGAGGAGUUUGAGAAGGGUAACAUCAAGGGAAUUGUCGAUAAAAGGCUAGUCGACCAAGAUGUUGAUAUGGAUCAAGUGACGAGAGCAAUUCAGGUGACCUUCUGGUGCAUACAUGAACAACCAUCUCAUAGGCCAAUGAUGGGAAAAGUUGUACAGAUGCUGGAAGGAAUUACAGAUAUUGAGAAACCCCCUGCCCCGAGGGCUGCCAUUGACUUGCCUACUAGUGGAACAGACAUGAAUGUGAGCAAUAAUAUCAGUGCUCUGUCCACUGCUGCAGCCUCAGCCCCAGCUCCUUCCUCAUUUUCAUCAUUUCAAAUUUCAGGAGUAUCCUCUUUAACAUCAGGGAGGAACAUCGAGAAGGCAACUGCAUCCCUUAUACACUCAGACCCAAAUUGA